AUGAAGACCCUAUUCGCCCUGUUCAUCCCCAUAGCAGAAACCAAGCUUCUGAUGUUCAUCAAGAAGCAUAAACUUCACCACCAGAUGGAUUUUUGGGAUGAUGGGUUUCGAUUGACGAUACCAUUGGACAACAAGAGACCGCAAAAGGCACUGGCAGACCUGGCUGCGGAAAUGGAACUUGGAGGAUUGGAUAAGUACUACGAAUUUGUGGCGUAUAUUCCGACAGACAUUCCGGAUGAGUUCGAUCGAAGGGUGUGUAUCAUCGACUAG